AAUACUAAUCCUCUUGUUGAACACUUGCUAGCACUUUUCUUUCUGAUAACAAUACCUAUAGUGCAUCACGGAUUGAGUACCAUCUCCGAUUAAAGCGUAGAAUUUAUACACAUGCUCACAUCAAUGGAUGAUUUGUACUUGGGGCCACAGUCCAAGCUGAAAGAUGAAAGAAGAACUCGAUCAUCUUCUCCUGUGAAAAAUAGACGUUCACUUCCUGCUGACUUUUUCAAAGAUGGACCAAGAGCUGCAUUGUGUGAUGAGGAUGACUUGAUGUCUAUGAACUCGUCGUCGUUUUCCGAUCAGAUCAAGUCAUUAUCGGCUUCUCCUAUAGCCAAGAAGUUACACAUCUCAACGUCUCCUGCUAAUAGCAAAUAUGUCAUUCCCAUUCCAUUCACUCUUCAAUUGCCACCAAAACUUAGUGCGGUGAAUAGACCUGACUUGGAAGCCUCGCGAUCCCCUUCUCCGGUCAGAACCCCAAUAUCAUCUCGGACAUCAUCCCCAUCAGCUUCGGUAACUUCAUCUCCAGUUAGAAAGCCUGUGCAAUUAGUUUAUAAUGGUUCAAGCUAUGAGAAGUUAGAACAUCCUGAAGAUGAUGAUGAAUCAUAUUCAACUGAGAGUAUUAAUGAGCGGAUCAAAAUGGCAUCAAAGUCGGAUAAUUCAAAGCCAAAAGUUCUUUUCACAAAACGACUUGCACCCGACGCUUUAAGUGUAAUAAACGAAGUUAUGAGUGAAAAGAGUAUUUCUAGACAAUCUACUAUACGUAAGUCUUCAUUGCCAGAGAAGAACCUUCCCAAAUCACCAUAUCAACCAAGUUUAGGCUCACCAGCAACUAUUCAUAGCUCACCGGGCCCGGUCAAGAAUACUAAUCCACUUCAUCUUCAACAAUCUAGAAUUAUCGAGUCCCAAACUCGUCCUAAUUCUAAUAACACAACAUUGUCACCUGAGACUAGAGAUUUCAGUGACUCCCUGAUCUCUUCCUUCGAAACACAGAACUCAUUAGCAAGAAUCAUUACUGCAAAUUAUGUCUGCGGUAAGGAAGUUCAAUUGCAAUCAGUUCCUAAUGUUGGUGGAGUUUCUAGAGCUGUAAGCGGUGCAAGCUCAACUUUCUCUGAUACAACAACUAGUAGUAGUGGGGAAUCCUGGGAUUCUCUUCAAAGUAGUGUCAAUGUUAGAUUGAAUGAGCAAGGAAGUAUUGAUAGUACUAGUUCAAUGACAUCUAGAGGGGGGUCAUUACGUUCUGAAAGAUCUUUAUCCACAUUGGGUUCUGGCUCUAGCUCUAGCUCUAGUGCCUCGGAUGCCACUAGUGGUAAAUUGAUGUCGGAUCUGGAUGCUGCUCUGGAAGCGUCAAAAGCAUUACCACCUCUACCAAGCACUUACUCCAUUAAAUAUAAUGAUCAUGCAAAUCUGCAGAUAAAUUCUUCUAAAACAAAAGCUAAUUGCGUUGAAUUAGAUGAACUUUCCUAUAUUGAAGGUCCAAGCAUGAGUGAGUUAGAAAACGAUAUUGCUGACUACUAUACAUAUGAUAUUAACGAUUUGGUUGAUCAUGGUCAAGAAGGAAAAGAUAGUGACAAAGAAGAAGAGAACAGUAAACAAUUAGAGACCCUGUCGGUUCUUGACCCAGGUUCAAACUCGGAUAGUAGCUUCAACGAAGGUUCUGGGAAAAGAUUUAGUUUCCCUAAUAGUAUGUACAAUAUCACUAACAGUGAUAAAGUUCAAUCUGAAUUGAAGAAGUCAAAAUCGAUGGCAAGUUCUAGAGUCAGUUAUAUGUCUAGUAGUGGUCAAAUUGAAAUUCCAGAUCUUGAUACUGAAUACCAUGAAGGGUCAUAUUCGGAAAGUCUUACAAGUUUUGCCAUGGCUCCGUUGACAAAAGUUUCAUCCACAGAAACAGAAUUAGAGCCUCUUGGGGUUCCUUGUAAAGAUGCUAAGGCAUAUGUUAGAAGUCAAUUUGGUACAUUACAUCACGAUGAUGAUCAUGAUGAUAAUGAUGAUAAUGACGAUAAUGACGAUAAUGAUGAUAAUAAUGAUUUUAUUGGGACAGCUUAUAAAUUACCCACAUCUAAAUCAAACCCAUGUAUUAGUGCCACUCGCACCAGCUCGGCAAGAACAGUGGUGUCCAGAACAUCCCCAAUCAGACAUUCACGUCAUAAAUCAAUGGUCAAUAUCGAUUUCAACUAUAAGGACUUGGACUAUAUCAAAACAAAGCCACAACCUAUGACACCAUUCGAAAAGGAAAAUCUUACCAUAACAACCGAAGGACAACAGGUUACACAGCCUGUAGAUGAUGUACUGCAAUCGCCAAUUGCAACUCAGACACUCGUGGUGGAAGAGCCUCCAAUGCCAGUACAAUAUGCGGUUGAUUUUAGGGAUAAUAAGAGCAGUAACCCGGAGAAUGAGAUUGGACCAAUGACACAUAGAAGAUACAAUUAUGAUGAAAUCAAUAAAGCUCUCAACUCUCUUAACUUGAAUAGGCCAGAACCUUCAAAUGAGUCUUCUUCUACUUCCAGUUACCAAUCAAGUAAGACGGCAAGAUCUGAUUCUACUAAGGCUUCGGAUACUGAAAGUGUCAUUAUUGACCUUACAGAGGAGAAAUAUGACAUUUGUACCGUUCAGAGAAGCGAUUCUGUCACAACCUAUAAGUCGGUUACUGAGAGAACAAAGGAGGGUAAAUCUGUGGAAGUUGUUCUUGUCGAAGAUGAUGAUGAAAUGGGACACGAUGAAUUAGAAAGCUUGUACUCUAAGUACAGAAGAAACUGGGUUUACAGAUCAAAUUCUACAACUUCUUCGGUAGCAUCCGGUGCUUCUUUUGCAAGUGGGGCUUCUUAUGAAAGUGGAGCCUCAAGUAGACUCUCUGUUAAACCAAUCGCUACCAAUAAUCGUAACCCCAUUGAAGUUCGGCGGGCAAUUCUUAAAAAUGCUGGUUUAUUGGACUCUUCGAGGACUGGGCUGCUGGAAGCUAGUCUUCAGCCUGUUCCUACGCGCAAGUACCAAUCACAAAGAAUUCAGCCACCAGUUUUCAAACACCAAUCUGAACGCCAAAAGUCGGCAUCAAGAAUACCACAUUCAAACCUGGCUCAUAACUUUGACUACACAUCUGCAUACGAUUUCCAGAGCUACAUAAAACAAAAAAAUAAGUGAUACUAGUUCUUUAAAUUCUUUACAAUAUAAUAUUUAAUAUAUAUACAAUAAAUGUCAUAAUUGCACAC